AUGGCUUCGAAUGAUGGAUUGCCAGGAGGCGAUGGCCGGGAAGCCGUCCUUGAGUGGCCGGUCCCGAAGUUCGAGGAGUUCAUCAUCGCCAACCGGAACAUCGGCUCCUCGUCGACCGUCAGCAUCCUCCUCACCUUCUCCAGUCCCAGCAGUCUCGACUCCGUGCGUGUCACCCAAAGAAUUACCGAGGUCCAGCAGCUAUGGCCACUCCUGAGCAUCACCAUCGCCGACCAUCGUACACCCAACCCCAAGAUACGAUACCACUCUCGGAGCUGGGAUGUGGGUCGGAUUCUCUACAGAGAGACCUAUAAUGCCACACCAAGCAAUCCAAACAGAGAACGGGACUGGGUGUAUGACAAGGCGCUGCGACUUGCCCAGACCAAGACCGCAUCAGACAGCGACCCGCUGUGGAGGGUUGCGCUCUUCUAUGCCACUUCGGACCCUGAGAACCAUAGGGUCUAUCUCUCCUUGGCUAUAGAUCACCUCCUUAUUGAUGGACGUGGAGCUGUCAAGCUUGCUAAGGCACUUGUUACUAGUGAUAUCUCAGAUCUACCAAAGGAGGAUAUCACAGUGUAUAAGGCUAUGCAUGGCAAAGACUACAGCGGCUUUCCUCCACUGUCUUUCAUCAUCCAUAGUAUAUUUAGUAUGAUGGUAGCACCACGCCUGCCCAAUUUUAUACAGAGACCGAUGGGUUACAUCCCGGCUUGGCCCAGGAAGAUCACGCAGCCUACAAUCGACAGCCCCUGGAAAUCGUCGAUCCUUGACAUCCCAUCCAGUCUGAUGCAGGAGCUCAAAGUCAUUGGGAAGCAUCAUGGGAUUGCUACGCUCAACCCAACGCUCCAUACCGCAUGGGUACUGGCACUGUGGGCCGUGUUCAUUCCAGAGAAGAAGAGGAAGCGCCUUUGCAUCAAGGACACUUCAGUGAAGGAUAUACGUGACAUCAGUCAGGGAGAUUCAUACUGCCUGGGUACCCACUCCAGUACCUAUCUCUGGUCUAGCGGCCGUAUGAACAGCCAGAGCCGCUUCUGGGAAUUAGCAAAGUCAUACCGGGCUGCAUCGAUGGACAGCAAAAUGGUCUCUAACAGUCACAAGAUUAUGCAGCUGGUAGUGAAGCUGAAGAACCGAGAGAUGAAGCCGGAAAGGUGCCGGUACCGGUCCCCUAACGCCACAACGCUCCCUGCCGGGGAUAAGAGGGCAUAUACGCGCUUUGAGGAGGGCGGGCUCAGGAAGAUCAACUCUACAUCACCCUACGGCGGCACAAGCGGUAUCUGGUCCAAUCUAUCAUACGUACCGCUGCCCGAGGGGGCAAUAGACAUGCUUUUUGGCGUGUCGGGGAAUGACCUCUGCGCUGCAUUCAAUACAUGUGUGCUGGGGCACGAGGGUGGGGUGCGGCUCGUGAAUGCGUUUUCCGACGGUGCAGCCAUGACGCUGGCAGGGGUCAAGAAGGCCGAGGAGUUGUUUGUGCGCAUCCUUGGAGAAAUUGCGGCCGAGGGGGGCCGAGACUGGCUUGUGGGUGACCUGGUGAAGAACAAGGAAGGCUAG